AUGUCCGCCGACCUGUAUGCUGCCUUUACCGCAGAAAAGGACGACGCGGCCACGACUGAAAAAGUGAUCACUAGCACAAACGCGGUUGCCAAUGCUUCAGCAAGCGGUGUCACCUUUCAGCCAUCUGUACAGGCUUGGAGUACUCCUCAACGAAAGUUCCAGGUGGAUAAGGAAUCACCGCCCUGGAAACUAGAUCCGGAGGACAAGGACGUUCUCUUUGACGCAGAGGAGGCCGACCUCGAGGAUGACUUUGGGGACUUUGAAACGGUAGGCAGCGGAAGUAAGAUUAACAGCGAAGUCAACGUAUUUCCAGAAGAGCAUCGCAAUAGAGUCGCCGAACAGGUCGGUCCAUCAGUUUCUACGUCUCCCGUGCGAGACCUCCUAGGGCUCGACAAUAAUAUUCCACCGCCAGCGGGAUCGAGAACAGAUCUGUAUCAGAGCAAUAAUGAGCGGCCUAUUCCGACCAUGAACAUUACCAAGCAGGAGAAACCAGAGGCAUCGUGGGAUGAGGAUUGGGGAGAUUUUGAACAGACGCACACCGAAGAGCCCUAUCAAUCAGAUCUUCUCAACCUUCAACUAAAUAACAAACCACGCGUUGGUGUAGAGACGAUGGAGAACGAGCCAGACGAUGACUGGGAGCCGUUUGAAGACGGCAUGCCUGAGCCAAAUCCGCAUGAUACUGGUCUAAAGGCUUCUACAAACGCAUGGAAAGAGUGUCAGAGAGGUGUCUCCACAAGAGCCCCUGCAACAGCGGUCUUCGAGAGGCCGAUGAACAUCCCGCCGCCAUCCUCGCUGUUGCAAUUGCUAUCCUCGGUCUUUGAAGCACUGCACAGAAGCAAUGCUGAGAAGACCAAACCAAAGUCGGAAUUGGCUGAUACUAUCCUAGUUGUGUAUCGUACAGCUAGUCGGAUCGUGGCAGGGAGAAGUAUGCGGUGGAAACGAGAUACAAUUCUGGCCCAGAGCGUCAGAAUAGGGCAGGCAGGGAAGAGGGGAGGGAUGAAAUUGGCAUCAGUCAAUAAGAGCGAGAAUGCAAGAGAGGAAAGAGACUCUGAAGAGAUGAUUCAUGAUUGGUCAAAACAUGUCUACGAAUUCAACAACAUCCUAGCACAGGCAGAAUUUCCCCCACACCGGAUGAAAAUUUCUACGUCACCCUCUCUGAAGAUAUUGAAACAAUCAAGCACCAUUGAUUCGUCCAAGCAAUGUGCCGUCUGUGGAUUGAAAAGAAAUGAAAGGUUGGUCGACGUCGACAUCGAUGCUGAAGAUCUGUUUGGUGAAUUCUGGACCGAGCAUUGGGGCCACAAUGAUUGCCACAACUUCUGGUAUUCGUUCAAAGGCUUGCUCGGUCAACGUUGA